AGAGCGGGAAAAUGUAAGUUUUUCACCUUUAACUGCUGCUAAAUUAUAAACCUAACUUAACAAUGAGGCUGCUUUAUUUCUUAGCAAUGUGCAAUCCAUGAAACACCAAAGUUGUUUCACGUUGGUUCGUGUUCCUCCCUCGUUUCUCCUCUCUCCGCCUUCCUCCGUCAACUCCCCCUAGACUUUAAGGAACUUACCUGCCAUUCUAUAAAAAGAAGUUAGAGACGAAGCAGAAAAGGACUUCUCGGUUAAAAUAGUGUGAACUUUCCGAGUCUAAUGUUUGCUUUAUUUCAGGGUUUGUUGCCAUUUUUUAAACCGCAGCUGAGACGUUUACGGUCCGCCGACACUGCGGGAUUUGUGAACAUUUAAAGUUAGAAAAGCCACUUCCGUGUUUUUUUUUUUUUUUUUUUUGCGUUUCUGAUCGCAGCAUGGACACUGAGCUGCAAUUGAUUAAGGCACAUAUGGACGACGGAGCUGCAAAUUCUUCUAAUGAACGGAUCAACGGAGCUAAUGGGGAAGCGAUGCCUGUUGCAGCAGAAGGUCAAAGGAAUGUGGGAAACGCAAACUGUCUUCAAGAAGUGACAGUAAAUAAUGGUGAACAUGUGGCCAAUGGGAAUCCUGCUGCAACAGAGACAGAUGCUUUGGUUCAUGUGCAGACCAACGGCGCUAAUGGGGAAGCGAUGCAUUUUGACCAUGCAGCAGGAGGUCAAAGGAAUGUGGGAAACACAAACUCUACUCGAGAGAAUGGCUCUGUGUGCAGAGUAAAGAAGGAGCUGAACGAGGUCGUCUUCUGGAAAGUCAGACUGUGGAUGGUUAUCAUCGUUGUCCUUGUCCUCAUCCCUGUUGUGAUUGUAAUUUCCCUGGCUGUGUGCUCAGCGAUCCAUGAGGACGUGGAUGACAAGUUUGACUCUUCAUUGUUUAAAGUUCCACACUAUUUCAAUGGGAGCUUCCAGUUGCCAAAUCAGGUCUUCCAAGAGGAGCUUUUAAACCUUCACUCCAACAUAAGCCAAACACUCGCUGCAGAUCUUCAAAACAAGAUGGCUGACCUCUACAGAUCCUCCCCUGCUCUAGGGCGAUACUUCUCCAAAGCUGAAAUACUUGCUUUCAGGAACGGUUCAGUCAUCGCCGAGUACAAGCUGACGUUUAAGUUGCCUGAAGAGCAGCAGGAUCAGCUGAGAAACUUCACUCUGAGCAGGGAGAUGGUUUACAACGUGUUUCGACAGUUUUUAUAUGACCAGGAGCCUGAUGAGUCAGCUGAGUCGGGGCCAAUGUACAUCGAACCUGUUUCCCUAGAGAUGUUCUCAGCACGCUGAUGAUGAGACUCAGAAAACCACCAAGUCCUGUUUUCUUUGUUAUUUAAGUGAGACGCUGACCAAGUUCUAAACCUCCAGUGAGGUGAAUGAUGCUGCAUAUGACUUGUCAGACUUGUGUGCAAUUUUCUCAUGAGUAUGAAUAUGGUGCGUCUUUACCACAGGAAGCUAAAGUUGCGCAAACAUGAUGUACAUCUGUCAUGUGGAUGACCGCGUUGUGUGUAAUGUGUGCAGGACUUAUGAGGUUAAAAGGGCACCCGUCUCCUGUGGCUUAAUCCACAAGAGAAUGACAACAAAAUUUCGAGCUUAUACAGUUUUAAAAAACACAGCUUUUUAUUUUUGCAUUUGAGAUUUUAUUGUGUAUGUUUGUGCAAGAGUAUUGAUUUAAAUGUCACUGCUGUUUUUUUUACAUUCCUUCCCUCGUUCAUCACUGUGAUUUCAAGUAUGGCCGUUUGUACAGGAGGAAAAAAAACUGCUGUGAAGUGUUUUCUGAAUUUUCUUAAUACAAAUGUUUCAAUUUGCA